AUGCCAUAUUCUUUUUUUGUGACGAGAGCAAGUGUAGUAAAAUGUCUGGACGAGGAAAAGGUGGUAAAGGACUUGGCAAAGGGGGCGCUAAGCGUCACCGUAAAGUUCUUCGCGACAACAUCCAGGGUAUUACCAAGCCCGCUAUCCGCCGUUUGGCUCGCCGUGGUGGUGUCAAGCGUAUCUCUGGCCUUAUUUACGAGGAGACUCGUGGCGUGCUGAAGGUGUUCCUGGAGAACGUCAUCCGCGAUGCUGUGACCUACACCGAGCACGCCAAGAGGAAGACUGUGACCGCCAUGGACGUGGUGUAUGCUCUGAAGCGUCAGGGUCGCACCCUGUACGGGUUCGGCGGCUAAACAUUUUUUGCUUAAUCAAAUUAAAUCCAAAGGCUCUUUUAAGAGCCGCCCAAUUCAUCUCUAAA